GAUGAUUGAGGAAAGUGGGAACAAGCGGAAGACCAUGGCAGAGAAGAGGCAGCUGUUCAUAGAAAUGCGUGCUCAGAAUUUUGAUGUCAUACGACUAUCAACUUAUAGAACAGCUUGCAAAUUACGAUUUGUACAAAAGCGAUGCAACCUCCAUCUUGUUGAUAUCUGGAACAUGAUUGAAGCCUUCCGAGACAAUGGCCUUAAUACACUGGACCAUACCACUGAGAUCAGCGUGUCCCGCCUCGAAACUGUCAUCUCCUCUGUCUACUACCAGCUGAACAAGCGCCUUCCUUCUACUCACCAAAUCAGUGUGGAGCAGUCGAUCAGCCUCCUCCUCAACUUUAUGAUUGCUGCAUAUGACAGUGAGGGCCGAGGCAAGUUGACCGUAUUUUCAGUUAAAGCUAUGUUAGCAACGAUGUGUGGUGGAAAAAUGCUGGACAAAUUGAGAUAUGUUUUCUCCCAGAUGUCAGAUUCCAAUGGCUUAAUGAUAUUUAGCAAGUUUGACCAGUUUCUGAAGGAAGUUCUGAAGCUCCCAACAGCUGUCUUUGAAGGGCCAUCUUUUGGUUACACAGAGCACUCAGUCCGCACCUGUUUUCCACAGCAGAAAAAGAUCAUGCUAAAUAUGUUUUUAGACACAAUGAUGGCCGAUCCUCCCCCCCAGUGCCUUGUCUGGCUACCUCUCAUGCAUAGGCUUGCCCAUGUUGAGAAUGUCUUCCACCCCGUGGAGUGCUCCUAUUGCCGGUGUGAGAGUAUGAUGGGCUUCCGGUACCGAUGCCAGCAGUGCCACAACUACCAGCUCUGCCAAAACUGCUUUUGGCGUGGCCACGCCAGCGGCCCUCACAGCAACCAACACCAGAUGAAGGAGCACUCCUCCUGGAAAUCCCCUGCAAAGAAGCUGAGCCAUGCAAUUAGUAAAUCUUUGGGGUGUGUACCCACCAGAGAACCCCCACAUCCUGUUUUUCCUGAGCAACCAGAGAAACCACUUGACCUUGCAAAUAUAGUUCCUCCUCGUCCUCUGGCCAACAUGAACGACACCAUGGUGAGCCACCUGUCCUCUGGGGUGCCCACCCCCACCAAGAGGUUACAGUAUAGCCAGGAUAUACCCAGUCACUUGGCCGAUGAGCAUGCGCUGAUAGCCUCCUAUGUGGCCCGUCUGCAACACUGUGCACGUGUCCUGGACAGUCCUAGCCGACUGGAUGAGGAACACCGGCUUAUAGCUCGCUAUGCUGCCCGGCUGGCUGCAGAAGCAGGAAACGUGACUCAAGUUAUGGCUUUGGAGGAGGAGGAGGAGAAAGAGGAGACCCGUCCUCCUACUGACUUGAGCUUUAACUUUGAUGCCAACAAACAACAAAGACAGCUUAUUGCAGAACUGGAAAACAAAAACAGGGAGAUCCUGCAAGAGAUUCAGCGUCUCCGUCUGGAGCAUGAGCAGGCUUCCCAGCCCACCCCCGAGAAGGCCCAGCAGAACCCCACGUUGCUGGCUGAGCUGCGGCUGCUGAGGCAAAGGAAAGAUGAACUGGAGCAGAGAAUGUCGGCGCUGCAGGAGAGCAGGCGCGAGCUGAUGGUUCAGCUGGAGGGGCUGAUGAAGCUGCUGAAGGAGGAAGAGCAAAAGCAGGCAGCUCAGGCCACAGGAUCACCACAUACAUCCCCCACUCACGGAGGCGGCCGCCCGAUGCCCAUGCCUGUCCGCUCAACGUCUGCUGGCUCCACCCCCACCCACUGUCCGCAAGACCCACUGAGCGGAGUCGGGGGAGACAUGCAGGAGGCCUUUGCACAAGGUACGAGGAGAAACCUCCGCAGUGACCUGCUGGUGGCCGCUGAUUCCAUCACCAACACCAUGUCAUCCCUGGUGAAGGAGCUCCACUCAGGAACACACUGGACGUCUUGGCCCAGGGAGCCUCUCUGCCACACGUGAUCACACAGAGACGCUGACACGUUAUGUUUCUCUCAAGAAUGCUCCUUGCAGGACAGACCCAAUCCAGACUUUAAAGAAGUUCAGAGCCCCACGCACACACAGUUAGCCCCUUCCCUGCUUCAUUCGUCCUCCACCAGCUCUCCGUCCACAGCCUCUCUCCCCCCAGGGCUGCGCGACCGCCUCGUUCUGAGGCUUUCCUGGAAGACUGGAACUGAAUCAGCCACAAAAGCUUCUGGACUUUCUCCCAGUUGCCUUUCUGCUCUCUCCUAUUUGAUUUGGUUUUGAAACCCUAUUCUCUCCUUUUGUCCACGACUAGGCUCUGAUUUCAUGUGACGUUUGUGACCUGAGUCUGUUGCUCCUUCGCUCCUCUGUCCAGUCUUCCCUGUGGCUCCUUCCUCAGUCUCUCCAUCACUUAGCUAUUUCACUGAUUUUCCAGACACCCUUACCUCAUUGUUCCUCUUACAUAAAACCCAUGAAAGAGAGAAAUAAUAAAAGGCCAUUCCCCUAUCGUCAUAUUUUCAAGACUCCCCAUGACUCUCUUCAUUUUAUAACUGCCAGGUAUUUACUAAUCGGUGUAGAGUAAUCAGAUUCCCAUGUUCCGUAUUAAACACAUAGGUUCCCUUCCUGAGCACUACAUAUGGCCCUCCUUUGUUCUUUUCACCUAAUAUAAUGCUUUUGAAUAUGUUGAAGUCGCUUAACAAGGUUAUUAAAUAAAAAUAUAAAGCAGUGUU